UAUAUUUCCCGCCAUGACACUUCCCUGAGUGUUCGCUCUGUUCUCUAUGUUUCAAAUGAUUGAUUAUUAGUGUGUAAAGUUAUUAGAUGGAAGAUGAAGAGAAAGUGGAAGCUCUAUCGAAAGACACAUAUGGACCUUCUUCAGUAGUAAGAAUUUCUUCCUAAGCACAAUGUCAAAGCGUCGCUUGACUGAGAGUGACAACCAAGCCAAGAAAAAGCGUAGGCAUGAUGCUGGAGAACCUGACCCAUCCAUGGAGGAUGAAGAUGAUGGUCCCAUCAACCAGUCACAGAACCCUGACUUCAAUACAAGCCCGGAAGCUGAAGUUGGCAUAAUUGAGAAAAUUAGUGUGAAGAAUUUCAUGUGUCACACUCGUUUGGAUGUCAACUUUGGUCCUCAUGUCAACUUCAUUGUUGGAAGGAAUGGAAGUGGGAAGAGUGCCGUGGUGGCAGCGCUGGUUGUUGGCCUGGGGGGCAAGGCCUCAGUGACAAGCAGGGGCAGCACCAUCAAGGGAUUCAUCAAGAGUGGGAAAAGCACUGGUGAGGUGCAGAUCAAGCUGCGGAACCGAGGCCCCGAUGCCUUCAGGCAUGAAAUGUACGGAGACUCCAUUACUGUGCAGAGGAAGUUCACAUCAGAGGGGAGCAGCAAAUACCAGCUUCUCUCAAAAAAUGGUGUAAUGGUGUCAGACAAGCGGGAGGAGUUGUUCCACAUCUUGGACCAGUUCAACAUUCAGGUGGACAAUCCUGUUGCCAUCCUGAAUCAGGAGACAAGUCGCAACUUCCUCAACUCUAAGAGCCCUCAGGAUAAGUACAAGUUUUUCCUGAAGGCCACACAGCUGGAGACCAUGAAGCAUGACUACGCAAAAGCCAACGAGCAAAAGUCCAUCACCCUUGAGAUCAUCAGGCAGAAGGAAAGGUCUCUGCCUGUCUUGGAGAAGGAGGUGAUUGACUGGGAACACAAAUUCAAAAGUUUGGAUGCCAUCGAUGAACUGAAGAAGAAAGUCAAACAUUUGAAGAAUGAAAUGGCUUGGUCUUUGGUUGCUGCAAAAGAAAGGGGUUUGGAGCCCAUCAAGAAGAAACUUGACCAGGAGGACUCCCGGACUCCCAAGUAUCUAAAGAAGGUUGAGGAGGUGAAGGAGAACCUGGAGAAGCGUCAGCAAACACACAGACAGAUCCAGGACCAAAUCCUUGCCAUCAGUGAGGAGGUACAGAAACUGGAACCACAGAGGAAACAGGCCAAGUCCAACAUGCAGCAGGAGAGGGAUGCAGCCAGACAGGCCCAGAAUGAAGUGAACAAGACUGAGAAGGACCUGCGAACCUGUUGCCGAGAUCGGGACAUGGUGAAAGAGAGGAUCGAGGAGAUCAAGAAUAGUGCCCAGCAUGACUAUGAGGCUGAGCGGCGGGCUCGGCAGGACAAGAUUGACCAGCUAAUGGAGAAAUCCAGAGCACUGGAGGGACAGCAGAGAACCACAGACCACCAGAAGAACCAGUUCCGGGAUGCUGUCACCAAGUACACCAAUGAUGGCUACACUCUCAGGCGAGAUGAGCAGGGCAUACAGGACAAGCAGGACAGUGACAGGCAGCAGCUCAAGAUGUUGAUGGCUGCUCGCAGUGACCGACUCAAGCGUUUUGGACAGUUUAUCCCUAAUAUCGCCAAGCGGAUAGAUGAGUUCCACAGGAAGGGAUAUUUCCAUGAGAAACCAAGAGGACCUCUAGGAUCCUGUUUCCAGCUGCGUGACCCGGAGUGGGCUUUGGCCGUGGAGAGCUGUCUGAAGGCACUGCUGCAUGCCUUCUGUUGUACUGACCACCAUGACGAGAAGGUUCUCGAGGGCAUUUUUGAGAGGGAAAUCAAAGAUGGAAGACACCCCUCUAUCAUUGUCAGCAGGUUCACUGUGAGUACAACUUGCAAGGAGACUCAGAUACUCAAUUUCAUGACAUCUCCAGAUUUCGGGGUCCAGAGUGAGCACCCCUGUAUUCUGGACAUGCUGAACAUAGAGGACACUGUGGUGGCCAACACACUCAUUGAUCAGAGAUCUGUUGAGAAUAUAAUCCUCAUAGCUGACAACAAGGAGGCAAGACGUGUCAUGCAGCAUUGCCCUCCGCGGAACUGCAAGCAGGCUUAUACCAAGGUGGGAGAUGAGAUCUACUGUCACCCAACAUUCAGGUAUUACUCAGCCAAUGUGGACAAAGCUCGCUACUUGACGGCCAAUGUUGAGGAGGAGAUAGCUCACUACGAGGGGCAAAUUCAGUCCUUGCAGGGGGAGUUGGAUAAAGUGCGUCAGCGACGCAACAAACUGACAGAGGACAUUCGGCGAAAUAAAAGUGAAGAAAAGAAAUGCAACACUCAACUGAUGAAGAUAGAGGAGGCCAUGCAGAAUCUGCAGUUUGAGAUCAGUGAGCUGAAAAACGUGGAGGACCCAGCUCCGAUCGACAUCGCAACCCUGGAAGAUGAAGUUUCAACGUAUGAUGAACAGAUCUCAAAUCUGAAAGAGAAGCGUGAGGAAGUGACUAAGAUUAGUUCAGAGCAGCAACUUCAGUUGGUGGAGGUGGAGAAAGCAUAUCGUAACGUGGAAGGGAAACUAAAGUCUCUCACUGAUAGUGCUGACCCCCUCAAGGAGGAAGACGGCCAUGCCCUGAAUGAGAUUGAGGUGGCGAAGAAUCACAAGAAGCAUUACGAGGGCAAGCUGAAAGAACAUGAGAAAGUUGUCAAUGAACUCCGCAAGGAAGUUAACAGCUACCAAACAGAACUUGAUGCUGAUAUGGAGAAAGCCAAAGCCAUCUGCCCCGAGCGGAUCAAAACGAGACGGGUGCCCCAGAAUCUGGAGAGCGAGAUUAAACAGACAAUGAAGAGGAUUCUUACUGAGGAAAAGAGCCAUGGCAAUCCAGAUGAAAUCACAAGAAAAUAUCAUGAGACACAGCAGGCUUUCAAGAAAAUCCGCCGUGAAGUUAAUCAGUUGAAGAAAUUUAUAGAGCACUUGGAGAAAGUUAUGAGCCAUCGCCAGCAGCAGUAUGCCCAGUUCAGAAGUUUUAUAAGUAUCCGAGCCAAAUAUUUCUUUGUUGUGUUGCUAAGCAACAGGAAUUAUUUCGGCAAGAUGAGUUUCAAUCAUGAGAAAGAAUCCCUUGAAAUGUCUGUACAACCGACAUCAAGUUCAGCAGAGGGGGCCAAGGAUCUGAAGUCUCUGUCAGGGGGCGAGCGAUCCUUCUCCACUGUGUGCUUUAUCCUGGCAUUGUGGGAUGCCAUGGAGUCCCCUUUCAGAUGCCUGGACGAGUUUGAUGUCUUCAUGGACAUGGUGAACCGGCGGAUCUCCAUGGAUAUGAUGAUGGAGGUGGCUCGAGUGCAGACAGGACGACAGUUCAUCUUCCUCACCCCACAAGACAUGAGUCAACUGAGCAUUGGCAUAGACUCUCGUAUUUUCCGAAUGCCGGACCCUGACAGAGGUCAGGGAGUGUUACCCUUUGGUGAUGAAGGUCAGGCUGAGGAGGAAGAAGCGGGAUCCUAGUGUUGAUGGCGCCCCAGAAGCCUAGUGUUAACACUGUCCCAGACAUAUGGCAUUAGAAGCCUUGUGGCAGACAAUGUGCUAGAUGCCAAGUGUCAUACAGUGUUGCAGAAGCCUACUGGCCAAUAUUAUGCUUGAUGCCAAGUCUCAGUGUUUGAGGCAUCUAAUAUCAAACUGUGCUCCAGACAGUGUACCGUACAGAGAAAUACGUAAUGUGAAUGGGUGAAGUAAAAGUAAAGGUGUUGGAUUUGCCUUUCUACAGUGUUAACAGUUAACACUGAUUGGUUGAACUAUGGGCAGUGUUGGGAGCUUUAUGACAUCUUUAGUUUCCAUGGAUUCAGUGUUCGUUUUACACUUUCAUUCAGUUUUGCAACUUGCUUCGCAUUUUCAUUUUAAUAUGCUUACUUUAUUGAUUGUGAACUAUUAUUUUUUUAUUACUGGGCAAGCUGACUUAUUGUGCCAAUGGUUUCCUGAUGCGAUGUGAUGUGAUGUGACUCAGCCAGCGGAACUGUUAAUUUGCGAGAAAUAGCUUUUUCUACCAAAUGUUUCCUUUUAAUCAAGUUUUGUUAACUCAAAAAAAUGAUUGAUUGUUAAUGUGUAAUGGCUUAAUAGUUGAUGCGACUGUUUACACCAGUAUCCAUGGUCAUAAGGCAAACUAGUGCUGUUUAUGGGCAGCCUGGCCCUUGAAGCAACAUCAGCCCUCCACCACACUGGCGUGGUAACUCCGAAGGGAGUACCCAGCAGGUUUCAGGUACACUACACCAGAUGUGAAGCUAUGUAUGCUUCAACACCAGGUGUCAUACAUCCACAAGUAUCCGAGUAACUUGGUGCUCGCUUGCUUCAUCCCUGAUCUUCCUACAGACAUUGGGGACAAACACUACCGUAUGUAUAUUCUUCAGUACCUUGCCCAGAACUGUUCCAAUUGAGCUAGCAGACCACAGACUAUAGACAAUUGAGCUAGCAGACCACAGACUAUAGACACGUAGCUGGAACAGGUAGUUCAUGCAAAACUUUACCUGCUUGCAGGUGAUUCUGGACCCGUUCAUCAUUUGUUUAUUUGGCCAAGUUCAUGGCUCUUUUAGAAGGAAACCAUCAUCAACCAAUCAGUGCCUUUAGAACAGAGUGUCAUCAGGUUCGUAGUAAGAUUUGUAAGACAGUCAACAGCGGAGUCCUAUAGAGCUUGCACUGUUUUCACGGUAUGUUAGAAAAUUGAUGUUAUGUGUUCAGUGUGGAUGAGUGAGUGUUCAUGGAUAAAAUAUAUUAAAAAUUGUUGGUAAUAUAAAA